GAAGCUUGGUUACAUACAAACUACGUCCGUACACUGUUUCUAAAGUGGGACAGUGUAGAGCUGGGAUCAGAAAAACACGGAUAUUUAAUCCUCGGGGGACUCGCUGAGCUCAGUUUGUGGUUAAAAACCUGCCGGCGGUCGACGCCGUUUACGCUGCCGUGCGCUCCUGUUAUACAGACAUCCUCCGCGUCCGAAGGGGGAAAAAAUGAGGUCCUUGGCUGCUUGGUGAACAGUCCGGUUAAAGAUGGCUCGAGGAAGGUUCUUGACUUUUCCUCUUCCUGCAGUUACGGUUGCACUCAGUAAGCAGUCAGGAAUGUCCCCCUUCUCCUUCCUAUGACAUGAUUUAACCCACGUGAUCUGGUCACAAUGAUGGCCUCUAUGGUCGCCAAUGGAAAUGCCACUGGAGAUGAGCCGUCUCUGGUCUUGAAAGGGGUGGAUCCAGAAACCUGCAUGAUUGUUUUCAAGAACCACUGGGCUCAGGUGGUGAAGAUCCUUGAGAAACAUGAUCCUCUGCGCAGCGCCUCCACUUUGCCCUCUCUGAGUGUCAUCAACCUCAGCUCCAGCUCAAGUGGCAGCCCUCGCUUCGGCUCCAUCCCCGGAGACGAAGCAAGCGCUGUGCAGAACUAUGUGGAGCACAUGCUCUUCCUGCUGAUGGAAGAGGAGAGCGGUCAGGCUGGAGCCAUGGGCCCCAUCCUAGAGUUUGUGGUGAUGGAGAAUGUGAUGGAACGUCUGUUUGUGUGGAGCCUCCGCAGGGAGUUCACAGAUGACAUGAAACUGGAGCAGCUGAAGAUGUAUGAGAUGCUGGUGGGCCAGGCGCACCAGCCUCUGCUGCAUCACAAACCCAUCCUGCGGCCGCUCAUGAUGCUGCUGUCCUCCUGUUCGGGCACAGCAGCGCCUGCUGUCGAAGCGGAGCUGGUGCUGCUGCUCAAUCAGCUGUGCUACAUUUUGGCAAAGGACCCCUCGAUUCUGGAGUUAUUUUUCCACACCAGCGAAGAUCAGGGAGCCACCAACUUCCUCAUCUUCUCUCUGCUCAUCCCCUUCAUUCACAGGGAAGGCAGAGUGGGCCUGCAAGCCAGAGAUGCCCUGCUGCUCAUAAUGUCAUUGUCUGCUGAGAACGAACGAGUGGCCAAACACAUAGCAGAGAGCACCUACUUCUGCCCGGUGCUGGCUACAGGUUUAAGUGGCCUGUACUCCUCUCUGCCCACCAAGCUGGACAUUCCCAGUGAAGAGUGGCACUGCCUUAACAAAGAAGACUGGCUGAAGAUGCCUUCACUUGUCCAGUUUCUCAACUCAUUGGAAUUCUGCAAUGCUGUUAUUCAGGUGUCCCACCCAGCUAUCAGAGACCAGUUGGUAGCUUACAUCUAUAAUGGUUUCCUCGUGCCUGUCCUAGCACCAGCACUUCACAAGCUCACUCUGGAGGAGGUGAUGACCACUACAGCGUACCUGGAUCUCUUCCUGAGAAGCGUAUCUGAGCCUGCCCUGCUGCAAACUUUUCUCUCCUUCAUCCUCCUCCACCGACAUGAGAGCGUCCAUAUUUUAGAUACGCUGGUCAGCCGGAUCAACACCCCUUUCCAGUUAGGCACUGUGUCACUGGCACUGUUCCGCACUCUCAUUGGCUUAUACUGUGAAGAUGUGAUGCUGCAGCUUGUGUUGAGGUAUCUGAUUCCCUGCAAUCACAUGAUGUUGAGUCAGAGACGUGUGGUGAAAGAGAGGGACUUCUACUCGACGUCAGCAGCUAAGAUCUUGGCGCUGACGCCAUCAUUCUGCUCUCCCGAUUGCUGCCCCCCGCCCCUCCGACAACUGGACUCCAUCCUUUUUUCCAAGGGUACAGAGACUACCAACAACUCCAGCAGCCCAGCAGAUGAACUAAAGAGCUUCUCAGAGGAGGAUGAUGGUUCAGGUAACUCCUGCACCAUUGGCUCAGAAAUCUACCUGGAUGUCAGUUACCUUCAUUACCUCUAUGACGCCCGACUUAGCAUCAGCAGCUGCAUACAGGCUUGUCGGAUUUGGUCAGCUCUGUAUGAUGGUGAGGACCCACCUCCUGAGAAAUACCAGCCAGGAGUCCUCGAGGAGCCAGCUCUUAAAUGUAGACAAACCCAGACUGCUCUGAAAAGAGUUCCACAGUUGCUUGUGCCACGUUCUCGGCCCAGCGUGCUACCAAGUACAGAGCCGCCCUCAGUCAAUCAGCUGGAGCUGGAGUGGGAUGAUAGCUAUGACGCGUGCCCAGUGCAAACAGCUGAGGCUCCUGUGGAAAACAUACCUUCGCAGCCACCUUCCACUGACCCCCCAAAACACAUCCAGGAAAUGAGGAGAACCGCCAUCAUGUUGGUUAAAGGUUCAUACAUUGAGGAAAAUGAGUUCCAGGAUGAUGUCAUGGUAUAUGAUCUUGUCGCAAAGAAGGACGUCACAGAUGGUGAGCACACCAAGCGCAAACCCAGUGGUUCACAAUCAGAGGAAACCCAUCCGGGCUCAGCUGAAGUCCCACUAAGAAAUGGGCUCAACCUAACACUCCCAGCCUCUGUAAUGACUGAUAACGGCAAGAACAGUUUGGAGACAGAGACCAAAAGUCCCACAGAUUGUAAUGCCAACUUCCAAAAUGCUGUUGUUGUUGAGUCGGGUGAUGAUCUUUUAGCUCAGUAUGAGGAGCUUAUUCGUACUCUGGACCCUGAAGUAGGUGGAAAACAGGUCAAAGGUGAUGGAGAGUUGAAGAAGCCCAUUACACCCAUGGAGGAAGAGGAGGAGGAAGCGAUGGACUUCAGCUUCUCUGCUGAAACACCAGAGCCAGAGAAACUUCAUUCACCGUUUGGCACAGUUAAUAGGUUUCGCAGUGGAAGUGCAAAUAGAAGCCAUUCAGUGCCUUUUACAGGUCCAUUUGUGAGUGUGCUGUUAUCUCGUCUGGAGAAUAUGCUUUCAAACUCACUUCAUCUUAACCUGUUGUUGACGGGGAUUCUGGCCCAGUUGGCUGCGUACCCUCAGCCUCUCCUUCGCUCUUUCCUCCUCAACACCAACUUGGUAUUUCAGCCAACUGUUCGCUCCCUUUAUCAGGUUCUGGCCACUGUGAAGAACCAGAUAGAAGAGCAGGCUGCUAGCAGGAAGGACUUUCCAGAGCUGAUCACUGCUGCCCAGCACUGGCUGUUAGCACGGGAGGCUGCAUUCAUGACCACAGACAAAAGCAGCAACAGUGGCUCCAACCACCACGAUGGGGGAAGAAUAUUGAAGAAUUCACCCCCACCAAAACCUAAAGCCAUCUCUCUGGAUCAGACCGAGGUCUUUGCUACCGUCCUCUUCACAGAGUUCCUCAAAGAACUGGCUGCAAUUGCACAGGAGCACUCCAUCUUAUCUUACAUUCCUAUGGAAGAAUAGUUUUGUCUCAGCAGGCCUCUGUGAUGAAGUGACCCAGUGAUUUAUACAGUGGUUUAUAAAAAAAUAUUUAUUCUUUUGGAAGCAAGAUAAUUAACUUCAUGUGCUUUUCAAUUUCACCCUCCUACGUCUGUAAAAUGUUUGACAGCCAAGAAAGAGGUUCAAACUUUCAGCUUUAAAAUUUUUACCUGUUUGCUGAAUCUUGAAUCAAUUACACUCAAAUAGACGAGCUCCAGGUCCACUGACCAAAGGGGGUUUUCUAUUAAAGGAAGAAAAGCAAAGCACCAAUUUGUAGACAUCCAUCCUUAGGCCUGUACUAUGAAGCUGGAUUUUCUCUUAUCGAGGUAACUUCGGGGUUAACCCGGGGUUCUCUGUACUACAAAGCUAAUUCACGUCUUACUGGGGUAACUCACCAUGGUAACUUAGGCUGAACGGCUAACCUGCUCCGGAGCAGGUUAUGUCCUGGAUAAAAGACCAGUGAGUAUAAAAGCACCACCUCCUGACCAAUCAGUUCUCUUGGAAAAUGUCAUGCCCAUUUUUUAGAACGUUCUGUCUACGUUGGUGUGCUGAUCGUGAGCGGAGUGCUUAGGAGAGAAAGAAACCGCUUUGAAGUAUGUUCUUGAUUUGUUCCCAAGUUCGUUUAGCUCCACUAGGGUUGCUUCUGAAAUAAUGAGGUUAAUAAUUUUGGCUCCACAUGGCAUAACUGCAGAACCGGGUAUUUAUGAAACGCACAACUGCUGCUCCUGCUGUCAUAGUGACAGCACAAAACGCAUUCACACGGCGAUGCUGAGCCUCAAUCAAAGUCAAUGGAAAAUAUAAAAGAAAGAAAGGAUGCUGAGGAAGCGCUCUGCCUGAAACGUCUGGGCCGUAACAGUGAAACUGAGUGAUCAGAAUGCUGUCCGUUUAUGUUGUUCCAUGAAUUAUUUUGUAUAAUCUCAGGAAUUUACACAUUAACAGAGUUUGCAAUGUUCUCCCAGCAUUCCUUCCUGGCUGUUGCUUUUGGCCUGGAUGAUGUGUUUGAACUCUUCAUAUUUUUGAAGAGUAAUUAUCUGCUCCUCCAUGGUAUUACCGAGUUGAUAACCAGCCUCGUAGAACUGCUUAUCAGGGCUGCAAAUGUCUGUGUAAGUCAACCCAGGUAAUGGUGAGAUAUGUUAUUCCAGCUUUGUAGUACAGGCCUCUCGCUGAACCGUCAGGGUUCUGCCUGUCUUAAUGUUUGUUAGAACCAGCUCCAGCCACAACCUGCUGCUCGGUGUGGUUACAUAAGAUAAUCAGGUUGCCUUUUGGUGUAGCUUUUAUACUAUGGAAUGAUAAUAGAUUUUAAUUAUUGCCCCUGUUGUCAAAUGGUAACAUAAAUAAAAACAGUCACACUCUGUUAUUGCACAUCUGUUACUCAACUUGAUAAGUUGGCCACGUUUUAAUUUUAACUUCAAGGUGAAUUUUCACAAAAUAUUUGUCUGUUCCACGGAGAUUUUUGAUGUGUUUCUGCUGAUAUGGUACCUCAGGAGUUUUUGAAUGCACAUUUUGCUCUCUUUCUUGAAAAGCUAUGGGUUUCUGGGCUCGACACCUUCUCUAUACCUAAACAGACUGAUCACCAAGUCCAGGUUAAUCAAUGCUGUUUUUAACUGGCCUUUCUCUUAGUGAUGCUUUAUAAUGUACAUAUCAAAAGGAAAAUAAUGUGGUGACUUAGAACACUAUGCAAAUCAAACAUGUUUGGGGUGUUGGUUUGGUAUAUUUUGAUAAUGGGAAAGGGGUAUUUAAGUGUUUUUUUUCUGUUAAUAGUUUUUCCUGUUAUCACUUUCUUCUAGUUUAACUUUAAAGUGUGUUUAAAUUCUGAUAUGUCUGAAAUGUCAUUAGAAUUGUCCUAAUUUACUGGUUAGUCUGAAUUCUGCAUCUGUUAGAAAUAAAUUCAGUGUAACUGUCACACAGUUUGUGAGGGGCAGCCUGUGUUGAAUUGCCUUUUUUUUUAAGCAGAGUUAUUGCAAAUAGUUGAUGGUAUGAAUGUCAAAAUGAGAUCACUCAAAAGAUGCACAUAUAUUUUGGUACAAAGCAUGCCACUUCUAAAUUAAUAAAUACACAUAAAUACUUGUAAAAUGGUGCCUACAUUCUGAUUUUAGUUCACAUUUUGCCUGAUUUUUGAUGGAUUUUGUUGGUGAAUUUAAACAGGCGCAACAGUUUAAGCAGUUUGGAAAAGACAAACUCAUUUGCAAAAGUAAAAAAAAGAAAAUAAAUUCUACUGAUUCACAGCCUGAAAAAAGAAACAAUAAAUGCAAAAUGGAAAUUUACUUGGAAUCAAGCAUUUCAGGUAGGCCUGUGUUUAAUACUUAAUUUUUAUGUACGAAGAAUUAAUUUCCUAGAUGUAUAUUUUUCAGAUACUGAGAUACUGGACGGAUUUAAAGUUAAUCUAAGUAAAGAGUUGUGGAUUACAAUAAUAAAAAAAAUCAGUAUAUGGGCUUUGACAAAGACAUGUUGUAGUUUCUUGUAAUUAAAAAUUAGAGGAUCAAGUUAUGGUUUAAUUCUUGGUUUAAAUCUUGCCUUUUUUGUAUUUUUGUUCCUAUUCAGUUCCAUUCAGUUUCUACUGAUGCUAUGCAGGAAAUGAAAACUGUAUCAGGACCUUUGUUGGCUAACCAAUUUCUAACAUGUUAUUGAGAUCUGUAUCUUAAAUGCAUUUCAUAUUUGUUGCAAAAAUUUAAGAUUUUCUCUGGUUAAAGAAUGUUGCAGAACACAUCUGACUUUUCAUACCACAGUGCCACUCAGACUAUUUCAACACAACCAGCACAGUGCAAAAGUCACUGUUUUUAACAGCACUGUGGCAUGAAUGCAGUUGGCAUAACCAAGAUUAUGGACCUGUUUCUGUCAUUAGAUUCAAUCCCAAAGAUGAAUUCAGCCUGUUCUCUGUUCAGAAAGGCAUGCCUUUUAUAAUAAAGAAAAUUUCUGAUGAUGAA